CGCUAAUCCAAGAUCGCGGCCUCAUAAUUUUCAGAAUUCACCGCCCAACCACUCAUCAAUGGCCUCCGAUCAUCACCAGCACCACCACCAUCAACACCGUCCCAACCGCCUAUCUCUCCCGCCGCGCACGGCCAUCCCGAUCACCUCAUCCCGCCAUUACCCUCCCUUCACUCCAACUCCUACCCCCUCCAAAAAUCGCCACCGUCUACCUUCCUUCACCGCCACAAAAAACAAAAAAAUCUCUCCGUCAUCCCUCUUUCUCCUCCUCUUCUCCCUCCGUUCCCUCUACUCUCUCCUCCCGUUUCUCCAAUCUUCACCAUCUUCGUUCUCAAUCUUCCCUUUCGCGUUCCUCGUCUCUCUCCUCUCAUUCCUCCUCUCUCUUUCUUUCUCUCUCUUCAAACAGAAAUCCAUUUUUACGUUUCAUCAGUCGAUCACCAAAUCCCAACAACGAAUACUCUUCGCUAAAUCGAUUCUGCUCGCGAUCGUCUUCCUCAUCCGUUUCCAAGCGCUUCGUUACUGCGGUACCGCUGCUAUGAUCCUCGCGGAAACGUCCGGUUACGUCGCUUCUCAUUUCGUCACCGGACAAAAUCGCAGUUUCACUCAUCUAGAUCGGGUUGGUUCCAAUAAGGUUCGUGGAUUUUUCGCGUUGUUCAUCGGAUUAUUAUUAUUAUCCAUCAGUUGGGAUCGAAUUGAAUGUUUCCCUUUCUCUUUUGUCAACCUCGGUAAACUAGGGUUUUCCUCUUUUCUUAUUGCCAAUAGAGAGAAAUGCGUUAGGGUUUGGCCAAUGCUGCUUCCCUUUCUUUCAGGGUUUUUGAGUGGGUACGAACAAGGGUCUAUAAAUUGGGGAACAAUCAGGGAAUUGGGUCGGAAAGAGGUUCGACUGAUUUCAUUGCUCUACACUACUGCUAUCCUCUUUGUCCCUGCUGCCAUUAGUAUGCUGGUCUUCGAAGCAGAGGGAGACAGUGUUUCCAUUCGCACCCUUGGGUGGCCAUUAACAAACACAGUAGUUUUCGGAGUGCUUUUGAGUGAGAAUUACACCGAUGAGAAGCUAAUAACCUUCAAAGAUUUCCGAAAAGAGUUUCUUGUCACAUUCGUAUGCACCAUUAUCCUUGAGUUGCUUUAUUACCCUGAACUUUCCCUUUGGGGGUUACUAAUCUGUGGUAUACUUCUUGGAAUUGGUGUGAUGGAAUUAGAUCCUGCUCGUUUAAUCUCUCUGGAAUUAGGGUUAGAAUCAUCAGAUUCAUUUCUAGUUUCAGUCACAAAGUCAAUUCGUCACAUUAUGAGUGAAAGAAAAUCAAGAAAGAUUGCUCUUUUUCUCUUGAUCAAUUCUGGUUAUAUGGUGGUGGAAUUUGUUGCAGGUUUUAUGAGCAAUAGUCUUGGGUUGAUAUCUGAUGCAUGUCACAUGCUGUUUGAUUGUGCUGCACUUGCUAUUGGUCUUUAUGCAUCUUAUAUUGCUCGAUUACCUGCAAACAAUCAGUAUAAUUUUGGUCGUGGGAGAUUUGAGGUUUUAUCAGGUUAUAUGAAUGCUGUGUUUCUUGUUUUGGUUGGAGCUUUGAUUGUUUUGGAAUCAUUAGAAAGAAUCUUGGAGCCUCAGGAGAUUUCUACUUCAAGUUUGUUGAUGGUUUCAAUUGGAGGUCUUGCUGUUAAUGUUGUGGGGUUGAUCUUUUUUCAUGAUGAACAUCAUCAUGCCCAUGGUGGAGGUGCAUCAUGUUCCCAUUCCCAUUCCCAUUCCCAUUCCCACUCUCAUCAUCACGAUCAUGCCCAUGUUGGACAUGAUCAUGAAACAGAUGGUAAACAUCUAGAAGAUCACAAACAUAAACAUGAUCACCAUCACCAUGAACCCCAUCAUGAUCAUGAUCAUCACCAUGAUCAUCAUCAUGAACACCAUGAUCAUGAUCAUCAUGAACACCAUGAUCAUGAUCAUGUUGUCAAAGAGGAUAAACAGAAGCAACAUCAUCAUCAUCAUCAUAUUGAUCACAACAUGGAGGGAAUAUUUUUGCAUGUUCUUGCAGACACAUUAGGAAGUGUUGGGGUUGUAAUUUCAACUCUUCUGAUUCAAUACAAAGGGUGGCUUAUUGCUGAUCCUGCUUGUUCUAUCUUUAUAUCAAUAUUAAUCGUGUCUUCUGUGAUACCAUUGUUAAGAAACUCGACAGAAGUUUUGUUGCAAAGGGUUCCUAGAUCUCAUGAGAACGAGCUAAAAACAGCUAUAACUAGUGUUAUGAAGAUAAAGGGUAUAUCUGGAAUUCAGAAUUUUCAUGUAUGGAGUCUUGCAAAUAACGAUGUUGUUGGGACUCUUAAUGUGUAUAUUUCUGAGGGAAUUGAUCAGGUUUCUAUGAAGGAACAAGUUUUGGAUAUAUUACAUGAUGCAGGGAUCAAGGACUUGACUUUACAGGUUGAAUAUGUGAGUAGUUAGAUUGAAAGAUUCUUGCUUUCAAGAAUCUUGAAAGGGCUCCAAGAUUUGAUCAUAGAAGGAAAAGAUGAUGACUUUCUUGUUGGGUUUUUCAAGGUUGACCCAUGGUGGUGGUGGUGGUGGUGGUUAUUGGCGGCUGAAAACUGAAAUUGUAUAUUGAUAAAGAGUUUGCCUACACGUUUAUCAAACAAGUGAGAUUGUAAUCGGAUAGGAUAUAAUCAAGAUUAUGGUGAAAUUAGAGGUGCAUGAUUUGGUUAGUUUAUGUAUACAAUGAAUUGACAAUUGGUGAUUUUAUGCAACAUCAAUUGAAUGAAAGUAGAAGUUUUAAUAGAAAUAGCAACUUUUUACAUA